CCUAUUUAGGAACGGACCCGGGAAGAUGGCGGAGGCCAUGGAGCUGGAGGCGGCCGGCGAGCCCACCGCCUUCAAGCGGCCGAGCUGCCCGCUGCCCGCCGCACCCCGCGCCGCGGAGGGUGGGGACCCGGGGCCCAGCCCGCCGCCAGCCCGCCCUGCCGCCGCGCCGCGCUACGAGGAGCCGCCGUGGGGCAGCCGCCCUCCGGACGGAGCCGGCUACGGGCUGGAGGUGCUGAAGGGCGGCGUGGUGCUGGGCUCGGUGCGGCUGGAGGGCGGCAGCUGGUUCCUGGUGGGGCGGCUGCCCGGCUGCGCCCUGGCGCUGGAGCACCCCUCGGUGUCGCGGCACCACGCCGUGCUGCAGUACCGCGGCGCUGCCUGCGCCCCCGGUGACCCCAACGGCGACGAUGCCGCCGGCUUCUAUGUGUACGACCUGGGGAGCACCCACGGCACCUUCCUCAACAAGACGCGGGUGCCGCCCCGCACCUACUGCCGGGUGCGGGUGGGCCAUGGGCUCCGCUUCGGCGGCAGCUCCCGCCUCUUCUUCCUGCAGGGACCCAAGGAGGACCAGGAGUCUGAGUCAGAGCUAACUGUGACUCAACUGAAGGCACUGCGCAAGCAGCAGCAGGCAAAGUUAGAAAAGACAAUGUUGGGAGAGGACUCUGAUGAAGAAGAUGAAAAAGAGGAGAAAAAUGAGAGGAGUCAGAACAGUGAUAUGAGCUGCUCGUGGGGAAUGGGGGAGGAUGCUGAGGAGGAUGAGGUUGAAGAAAACCCUAUUGCUAUUGAUUUUCAGGAUGUGCAAGAUGCCUUUUAUAUGAAAGACCCUAGGAAGGCCUUACAGGGCUUCUUUGACAGAGAAGGAGAAGAGUUAGAAUAUGAAUAUGAUGAUCGUGGGCACAAUAGCUGGCUGUGCAGGAUCAAGUUGCCUGUGGAUGAUGCAUCAGGGAAGCAGCUGGUGGCAGAGAUUCUCCAUUCAGGAAAGAAGAAGGAAGCAAUGAUACAGUGUGCCCUGGAAGCUUGCAGGCUACUCGAUGCUCGGGGAGUACUAAGGCAAGAAGCAGUAUCCCGAAAAAGGAAAUCAAAGAACUGGGAAGAUGAGGAUUUUUAUGACAGUGAUGAUGACACCUUCCUUGAUCGAACUGGUGCUGUAGAAAAGAAACGCCUGAACAGAAUGAAAAAAGCUGGUAAAAUAGAAGAAAAACCAGAGACUUACGACUCCUUGGUCAAAAAGCUAAAUGAAGUUGAAAAUGAACUUUCUGAGAUAACAGAGAAGCUGAAGGCUUCAGGGAAAGUCCAGUCCCAGCCAGCACCUCAAGAUUCCUUGGAUGAAUUCAUGACUGAAAUAAAAUCAGGAUCUACCUUAGACAGUGUGGCACGAAAGAAGCUUCACUUGAGGUCCUUUGAGCUGAAGAAAGAGCAACAGAGGCUGAAAGGGCUAGUGAAGCUUGUCAAGCCUGCAGAGCUGCCUGAGCUGAAGCCCCAGAGUGGGAGUUACAGUCUGGAAGCAGAGAACAAGCCUAAAAAGAUUACCUUGCCUCUGUUUGGUGCAAUGAAAGGGGGGAGCAAAUUCAAGCUGAAAACUGGAAGCCUAGGGAAGUUGCCUGUUAGGCGUCCAGAAGUGCCUGAAAGCUUGUUAAAAACAAAAGAUGAUGGACCAGAGGAGGAGGAAGAGGAGGAAGAAGAAGAAAUGGAGGAGAAGCAAGAAACAAAUACAAUAAACAGCAGAGCAUCAAAGGUGGAAACAAAAAUUACAGCAGAAGAAGAAACAGAAAAAGAAACUAAUGCUCCUGAUGGUUCUUCUUGCAAUAACAAGAAUCUAGAAUCCCUUCAGGAUGGGGCUCCUUUUCUGCCUGAGCCAAAGGUACUAAGGAAAGAAUCUCAGAUGGGACCCUCACAAGAGAAAUCUCAAGCAUCUGAGGCAGUAUGUAAGGAACCUGAGGAGGCAUCUGAGAAAGUUAAGAAAAUCAACAGCUCGAGCAAGGUAAAGCAACCACCAUUAUUUUCCUCGCAGUACCCAGAUGAUGACCCAGACUACUGCAUAUGGGUUCCUCCUGCAGGUCAAAGUGGUGAUGGCAGGACUCAUCUCAAUGAAAAAUACGGCUACUGAGCAUCAAGUGCCCUGGAGUACAGCUGAGGCUUGAAGGAUGGCUCUGUUUUGGACUCUUUCAGUACAUGUUAAGUGAGGGAUAAAAGACUUGGCUUUUCAGAAGCUGUUCCAGAUUCAAGGGCGUUAGCAGCCGCUCUGGCUGCUGUUGGCUUUCCUGGUGUGUCCUCUUUUAGUCUUUUAAAUGCUUUUUUAAAAGUAAAGGCCCACACAUUCUUCUGC